CUUCACGUUAAACCCGCUAGCUCAAGAGGCACAAAGUUUUCCAUCCAAAUCCGUAAAUACUCAUCACUCUUUACCCUCUCUUUUUUUUCAUCUUCUUCGAUUAGCAAUUUACGAUCAUCUUAUCCCUCAAAAUACCCAAAUUACGCUUGUAAAAUCGAGGGAAAUUGUCAAAAUUCUGUUUCAUAACAAGAAGAGGAGACCAAAUGGAGAAAGCUAAAGCUUUUCUUGAAUUAACCCAGGGAGAAUCGGACCGGGUUUCGUCUCUUGCUUUUCCUCCUCACCGGCUCGGUACCGAGUGUAGCUUCUAUGAGUACUAUUCGCUCAGAGGCAUCCGGGUUGACCGAAUUGAACCGGGUCAAGUUUUUUGCACCUUCAAAGUUCCUCCUCGUCUCACUGAUAGAGAAGGGAAACUAGCAUCUGGUGCCAUUGCUAAUCUAGUUGAUGAAGUUGGGGGUGCGGUAGUCUAUGUGGAGGGUCUCCCGAUGAAUGUAUCAGUGGACAUGUCGAUUUCAUUUCUUUCAAGUGCGAAGGCUGGUGAUGAGUUGGAGAUCAUUGGUAGAGUCUUGGGUCAGAAAGGAGGAUAUUCUGGAACAAGUGUACUUGUGAAAAAUAAAACGACAGGGGAGCUCAUUGCUGAAGGGCGGCAUUCAUUAUUCGGUAAACAUGCUAGUAAAAUGUAAAAUGUGAAGUAUUUCUCUGGACCAAGAUACCUGUUUGAAGAUGUACUUCAGUUUCCAGCUCCUGGUCCACAUGUAUGUUUCGUUCGAAAAAGAAAAAUCAGUAUGGUGCAUAGUUUUUCUCUUUGCUGUGAUAACAUGUAUUGAGCAGCAUUAUACUUGUGACUUGUGAGGAACAAGUCCAAUGUAAAUAUUUGCUUGUUAAUCGAGGCAUUUUGUGCUGAUUAUCAUUGCAUUUAUUAUAACUUCAUGUAUACGGGACAGAUAUUGAGGAUUCUCCUCGAUGAGUUUAGGAUUGAAGCGUAGUUGAUUGAUAUAA